GGAGCCUUUCCAUAAGCUCUUGGUUCAAGGUCUUAUCAAGAAUCGGACAUUCAGACUAACAACAACAGGCCAGUGUUUGAAGAGGGAGGAGGUUGAUCUCACUGGAACUGAACCAGUUUACCUAAAAACUGGUGAGAAGCUCCAAGUUGCUUGGGAAAAAAUGAGCAAAUCUAAGCACAAUGGAAUAAACCCUGAAGAAUUAGUGAAAGAGUAUGGCAUUGACACCCUACGUCUUUAUAUCCUGUUUGCUGCUCCUCCAGAACAAGAUAUUUUGUGGGAUGCUAAAACUGAUGCUAUGCCAGGUGUUCAGAGAUGGCAGACGCGCCUCUGGACACUUGUAACCAAACUUAUUGAAGCAAGGACUUCAGGGACCAUGCCCAAUCCUGAGCUUCUAAAUAAGAAAGAGAAGGCUGAAGCCAGAAAGAUCUGGAAGCAGAAGAAUCUGGUGAUAUCUGAGGUAACAGAGUACUUUACAAAGGAUCAUUUGUUCAAUGCGGCUAUUUCUCGAUUGAUGAGCCUCACUAACAUACUCCAUCAAGCUUCUCGGCCUCUUGUUCUCCACAGCACAGAAUUUGAAGAUGCUUUGGCUACACUCUGCAUCAUGGUUGCACCUAUGGCUCCGCACAUUGCAUCAGAGAUGUGGAAAGGUUUGGCACACAUGCAGAAUAAACUUUGUAUGCAUCAUCACUGGGAUGCUGAUGUGCUGCACCAGUCCUGGCCCAAAGUAGACCCAGAGUACCUUCAGCCGUCAGAUGUUGUGGAGAUGUCUGUUCUGAUCAAUAACAAAGCUUGUGGCAAAGUUUUUGUGCCACAGCAAGCAGCCCGCAAUUUUGAAGAAGUCCACAAACUAGUUCUUCAAAGUGAACUUGGAGUCAAGCAUCUCCAGGGACGAACCAUUAAGAAGGCCUUUCUGUCUCCCAGAACUGCCCUUAUCAACUUCUUGGUGCAAGAAUAGCAAAGGCUCUGCUGGGCUGUAAAAGGGAACUGGAAUCUUUUGAGACGAAACCAAUUCAAAAAUACCAGUUAUGGUUAUUUAAAUCUCAUGUAACGGAAGAAAUGUUAUUAAAAUCAGGUUGCUGCUAAAUCUUCAUUUCAGCUUGGAAAAAUGUGGAGAAUUAAAGUUUCUUAUCGGGU